AUGGCAAGAGAACUUGCAACGAUACUACUCAUGGCUAUCUUGCUUCAUGCCGCUAUGCAAGUGGCGACGUCCGUGGACAUCACGGACAUGGACUUGGCGUCGGAGAAGUCCUUGUGGGCACUGUACGAUCGCUGGUGCGAGCAUCACAAUGUGGUACGCGACCUCGGCGAAAAGGCCCGGCGCUUCAGCGUGUUCGAAGAGAACGCUCGCAUGAUCCACCAAUUCAACCAAGGCGACGCACCCUACAAGCUGAGCCUCAACCUCUUCGGUGACAUGACCGAUGAAGAGGUCGAUGACGGGUACGGUCGCUGCUCCACCCCCUUGCCAAACAGCGGGAAGCGACGCCAAGGGCAGGUCACACACGGCGUCGUUGCCGGGCGUGCAAACUACCCAAUGUACGUGGACUGGCGCAUGACAGGGUACGACCAACGCCCGUCAGCUGUGACCAACGUGAAGAUCCAAAGAGGGUGCGGUUCUUGUUGGGCCUUCUCGGCGAUAGCCGCGGUGGAGGGCAUCAAUUCAAUCAGGACGAGGAAGCUGGUGUCAUUGUCUGCGCAACAGCUCUUAGACUGCGACAAAAAGAGUGGCGGUUGUAGUGGCGGCAAUCCGAUAUUGGCCUUCCAGUACAUGAUGGGCCACAUCAGAAUCUCGACAGAGGCUGACUACCCGUACAUUGCCGAUGAGCACGGCUACUGCUGGGUGCUGAAACGAAAGAACCCUGUUGUCACCAUCGACGGCUUCAAGAAGGUGCCGCGAAAUGACGAGGUGGCGUUGCUGCAGGCGGUGGCGGCCCAACCCGUCGUUGUGGUGGUUGACACGAAGACCUUCCGGCGCUACGGUGGAGGCGUGUUUGUGGGUCCAUGUGGGACAAAUGGGACCCACGCGAUGACAGUGGUGGGCUAUGGCACCACAUAUGAGACCAACCCCAUAGAUUACUGGAUCGUAAAGAAUUCUUGGGGGCCAAAAUGGGGUGAAAACGGCUACAUCCGUCUGGCGCGCGGCGUGGAUGGUCGCACCAAGGAGGGCAUAUGUGGCAUCUUGAUGGAAGCAUCGUACCCUGUGAAAAACUAA